AUGAAAUAACAAUAAGCCUGUAAAUUUAAUAAAUAUUUCUAUCGAGAAUUGUUUCCUAAUAGAUAUUUGGAAUUAUGUCGAGCAAUAGCUAUCAAUCAUGAUAAUAGUAUUAUGGUUGCAGCAUGUGAAUCUAAUAUAAAAGUAUUUUAGAUAAUUUUACCACUCAUUUCUUCAUCAGAAGCUUAUCCAACAAUAAGAAUAACAGCAUCUAUUAGAUUAAUUUAGCUACUAAAAGAUAAACAUUCAGAUUUUGUGUCUACUUUAAAUUUUUUCAAAAAAUCUACCUCAAUGAUAAAUUCAUUUAUUUCAGGUUCAGAUGAUAAUACAAUUAUUAUUUGGUCACCUAUUAAUACUUCAUAAUUUAUUAUACCAACACAAUGGAUUGCUUAAUUUAAAUUAAGAGAACAUACAAAUUGUAUUUCCUGUUUAAUUUUACUUACUCCUACAGAAGAUCUUAUUAUAAGUGGGUCUUAUGAUAAAACAAUUAAAUUUUGGACAAAAAGCUAAACUUAACAAUCUCUUAUAUGGACAUGUUCAUAGACAAUUAAUGAACAUUCUUCUACAGUAUUUGGAUUAUCAAUUAAUUAAGAAGGUACUAAAUUACUAUCUUGUGCUAGUGAUUUUUUAAUAUUAAUCAUUGAAGGUUCUACUUAAUCUUAAUGGAAUAUAAAAUAAAAGAUUUAAGUCGAUUAAUGGGGAUAUAGAAUAAGUUUUAUAAAUAAUCAUAUUUUUACAUUUUAACCAAUAGAAACAGCUUUUUAAUUGUAAGGAUCAUCUCAUAUUCAUAUUUAUGUAUACAAUUCACAAAAAAAUUUGUAUUUAAAAUAAAAAACUAUUUUAGUUUAAGGUGGUAAUUAAGCUUGUAGACCUUAUUUUCCUUAAGUAUAUUCUACUUAAGCUAAUCUACUUUUAACUAAAAAUGGUUGUUUUGUAAACUUAAUUAAAUUCAUAUUCUCUAAAAUAAAUUCUGAUUUUCAAUGUUAUUUAGAAUAAGCAAUAGAUUAUGGUACUAUGAACCUUUAUGGUACAAUGAGUGAUGAUGGAGAAUUUUUAAUAACAUGGGAUUAAAAAUAAAAUAAUAUCUAAAUUUUAGUUUAAGGAGAAGAUAAAGAAAUUUGA